UGAACUCUAAUAUUUUUCAAUACUUUUCUCUCUAUAAAUAGUGAAGGUUCACCACUCACUUUAUAGUUGAAUCAUUGAUUUCUUCAUUGCUUUGGAGGAGGCAACAGAGUGGUGGAUAAGAGAGUGUUGUUGGUGGGUGGGUUGCAAUUCCUUCCUCUAAUAGCUCUCACUGUGCACUAUGGCUCAGACUACACCGAAUCACACACUCACCGUAUCUGGCUGGGCAGCUCAUGAUCCUUCUGGCAAGAUUACUCCAUACACCUUCAAAAGAAGGGAGAAUGGCCCUCACGAUGUGAGCAUAAAGAUAUUGUACUGUGGGAUUUGCCACACAGAUAUCCACCACGUUAAAAAUGACUGGGGCAUCACUAUGUAUCCUGUGGUACCUGGGCACGAGAUUGUUGGAGAGAUUACUAAGGUGGGGAGUGAUGUGAAGGGGUUCAAUGAAGGAGACAGAGUGGGUGUGGGGUGUUUGGCAGCCACGUGUUUGGACUGUGAGCAGUGCAAGAACGAUCAGGAAAACUAUUGCGAAAAGUUACAAUUCACUUACAACGGCAUUUUCUGGGAUGGCAGCAUCACUUAUGGUGGCUACUCCGAAACGCUCGUCGCUGAUUACAGGUAUGUGGUACACAUUCCGGCAAACCUACCAUUGGAUGCAACAGCACCUCUACUCUGUGCGGGUAUAACAGUGUUCAGUCCAUUGAAAGACCACGAUUUGGUAGCAACACCGGGGAAAAAGAUUGGGGUAGUUGGUUUGGGAGGCCUUGGACAUAUAGCAGUCAAAUUUGGCAAGGCAUUUGGCCACCAUGUUACCGUCAUCAGCACUUCGCCCUCCAAAGAAGCUGAAGCUAAGGAGCGUUUGGGUGCUGAUGAUUUCAUAAUCAGCUCUAACCCUAAACAAUUACAGGCUGCAAGGAAAAGCCUAGAUUUUAUAUUGGACACUGUAUCCGCAGAGCACUCUCUUUUGACUGUCUUGGAAUUGCUCAAAGUAAAUGGGACCUUAUUUAUCGUGGGGGCACCGGACAAGCCAUUCCAGUUGCCUGCUUUCCCAUUGUUAUUUGGAAAAAGAUCGGUGAAAGGUGGCAUCAUUGGAGGAAUAAAAGAGACGCAGGAAAUGUUGGACGUUUGCGGGAAGUACAAUAUCACGAGCGACAUUGAGUUAGUUACGCCAGACAGAAUCAAUGAGGCUUUGGAGCGCCUUGCUAAGAAUGAUGUUCGCUACCGUUUCGUCAUUGACAUUGCUGGCAGUUCAAAGAUCUAGA